AAUUAUUUCUUUAUUGUUUUGAUUUUGAUCUUUUGCGAACGUCUUAAUUAUUAUUGUAAUUCACUUGUCACUGUAUUACAAAAGAAGGUUUCUAGAAGAAAGUUUCUUUAAGUUAACACAAGUUUUGCUAAAAUGGAUAAUUUUAUUUUUCGUAAAAAAAGUGAGAUUGUGACGAAAGGUCGAAAACGAAAAAGAGACGAAAGUUCUUGGCUGAAAAAUGUGAAUAGAAUGAAAAGAAAUGAGGGACUAGAAUAUGUUUCUUCGUCAGGGAAGCUAGUUCCAGAAAAACAAUUGGAAUAUGUAGAAUCAUGUUGUACAAAAAAGUGUCAUUCUUAUAUUCAAGAGUCAGAGCAAGUAGAAUCGUUUUCACAAUUUUACAAAUGUGGAAACUAUAAUUCACAAAAUUUGAUUCUUAGUGGACUCAUGAAAAGGUUGACUUUUUCUGCAACGAAUAAAAUGACUCGAUGGGAAUAUUCUUUUCAUUCCCUAUUUCAAAAAAGAAUAGUAUGUCAACAAUUUUUGUGCAACGUAUUUCAAAUAAAACAAGGAAGAUUCACUACUAUUAAAAAAAAACUGUCAAAUCACGAGAGCUGCAAUGAUAAACGAGGAAGGCACGGAAAUAAUUCAAUUCGUCUGACGGAAGAUGUAAAACAACUAAUACAGGAACAUUGCAAUUCAAUUCCACAUUCAGAAUUGCAUUAUAGGCGGGAGGAAACUUCUUUAAAAUACUUUGAAAAUUCAGAGUUAAAUUUAAAAAAGUUGUAUUUCUUGUUUUUAGAUUAUUAUGCAGCAAUAACGGGAAAUAAAAAUCCGCCUAUUGAUGAAAACACAUACGGUCAAUAUUUUAAUUACAAUGUUAACUUUACUUUUUCGAAACCACGAACGGACGUUUGUAAUACAUGUUUCGAAUUCGAGCAAGGUAGAUUGCAGAUGAGUGAUGAAAUUACAGAUCAUAAAAAAAGAGUUAAUGACUACAAAGAAUGAAAAGAAAAUAUUUUAAAAAAGAAAAAUGAAAAAAAGCGCAGUUACAUGUACUUCUUUGUAGAAGGAAGUAUGAAAAAAGGUUGCAACACUGUUUGCAACUUAAUUUGGGACACGAUUAAAAAAGAAUUCGCUAUUGAUUAUUAUGACAAAAUUUUUUUAUUUUCUGACAAUUGUCCAGGACAAAACAAGAGUUAUUUAGUUUUAUCUUUUUUUUCAUUACUCUCUGCAAAAUUACAAAUCGAAGUCGAACAUGUUUAUCCCGUUCGUGGACAUUCGUAUUGUUCGUGUGAUCGGAAUUUUGGGAUGUACGGACAAAAGAAAAAAAACUGAAGUAAUUGAGACUGUUGAAGAUUAUAUAAAUCUUAUAAGUACUGCGCGAAAUCCUCCAUUUAUAACUGUACGCGAAUCAGAUUUCGAAGUAAAAAAUUUAGAACCACUGUUAGAAAAUGAAGCCCAAGCUUUAGCGCAAAUUAAAAUUAGCAAAUUGGUUCGAAUUGUUUAUUUCCCAAACAGUCAAGUAAAUGUAUAUAAUGAUUAUAAAACGGAAGCCAGAAAUUACACUAUCAAUCAUUCAAUAACAUUUGAUGAUUUGUUAAGUAAUUCGAAGUUGGCACCUGCUGUAGGAAUCACUGAAAGUAAAAAAAAGAUGUAUUAUCGUUAACGCGUUAUUUAAGUUGCAAGGG